AUGUCUAAGAUCAUCGUGGUAGCCCUCGUGGCGAUGAUGUCAGCGAUGGCUAACGGGCAACAGCCUGGGAGCCAAUGCACGCCGACGAUGAUGAACACUGUAGGACCAUGUAUGAGCUUCCUGACGAGCGGCAACGGCAAUGUGAGUUCGCCUUCGUCUGAUUGCUGCAACUCGCUGAGGUCUCUGACCACCGGAGGGAUGGGAUGUUUGUGUCUCAUCGUCACCGGAAAUAUUCCCUUCCAAAUUCCGAUCAACCGUACCACCGCGGUCUCUCUUCCCCGCUCCUGUAACAUGCCUAGUGUCCCUCUCCAAUGCAAAGCAAACAUUUCUCCAGCUGCUGCUCCUGGGCCUGCUUCGUCUGGACCGGCCAUGUCGCCGUCUCCAGCGGUUGUUCCUGAGCCGACGCCUGCAGCUCAGCCGCCGCAAACCGAUUCCACCACGCCUGUUCUUCAGCCACCGUCUCCGGCCACUGUAGACGGCGGAGCUCCGAACUCCGAUGUCGGUGGAAGCAGCCGGCCUUCUCUAACUCCUUCCUCCUCCGCCGCCUUCCGCUCCUCUUACAGCCCCUCUCUUCUCUUCUUCGUCCUCGGCCUCCUUGCUCUUAAAUACUUCUGAUUUCUUUCUUUUUUUUCCCUUUUGCGAGAUUAUUUGUGGUGUGUGGUCCAUUUUAUGAAUUAUGAUUGGUAUUGUUGUAGACGAGAUUUAUUUGUCAUUUAUUUGGGUGAUUGUUCAUUGAAAAAGCAUAUGUGUAUACGUUGUUAUUAUUAUUAUUAUUAUUUUGAAUUGGAUUG